AUGACCAUCAGGUUGAACAAAUCGCACAUAUCUGUGAUACAUCAUGGUAACGGCGAAGACCCCUCCCAAGCUCUACUCUGGCUCUGUCUGGCCGUGCGGGUUCCUAAAGCCGGCUGGAUCUCAACUUCACAGAAAAUAACAGAAAGCAGUUAUGGAUGUCGUAAAUUCCUUCUGGGGGAAUUGGAGGGAAUCGCCUCUUCUGCGGCUGAUGCCAGUUGCUGGCAUCCCCUUUUCGAGUCGGCUGUUGUUGUUGUGGAGCCAUCCGUCAACAUCACACCUGGGUCUUUGCUUCAAGUUGAUUUCAACACGCUUGUCAAGCUUGCUGCUGUUGAAUACGCAGUAAGCGUAGACUCGGGGGUAGUUCUUCUGGGAUAUUCUACUGCGCUCAUACCAGUGAAGACGCUUGACGACGAUACCAUACUAUGGCAUUUAGAAGUGUGCCCACAUGAGUCCCAGUUCAAGGUAAGCAGGCUUCAAGCGACAAAGACGGAAUGGCUGGUAUCUGCGGAUAUCGAGGUUCUUAAGUCCAGAACGGCAAGGGUGGGCUGGUGUUCCAAGUCCAAGGUUCUCCUCGGUACCGCCAGUCUUCUGAAAAAUCCUGUAGGCUGGUCAACAAGCACAACACAAAGGAAAUCCUGGAGUUGGAAAGGAGUUUCCCUGCAGGCUGUCGCGACUUCUACCGCACCUCUCCAGGUAGGGCUCCAGGGAGGCGCAACUUUUGAACGUAUCACCAACACCUUGCGGUUUGAUUUAAGUCGCAAUUACCUUCAACUCCUACGCUCUAGCUCACGUGAAGCAAUUAUCGUUUACGACGUUAGCACGAAGCGAGGAUGGUUAGUCCCGCUGUUGAAUGUUCUUCAUCACAUGGCUAUUACCUAUUGCCAGAAUGGCAUAGCCGAUGAGGACAGGGGGCUUCCCAUCCCGCUCGCGAAGCCAGAGGCAAAUGGGGGGAUAUCAUCUCUCAAAGCCCUUUGGCAAAGCGGAAGCGUGGAGAUUGAAACUGGGGGAGACGACACUCUCACGCUUCGUGAUUUGCUCAUGGGCUUCUCUGCUAAUCUGGCAAAGAUAUCACCGCAAAAGCCUCGUCGCGGAGAGAUAUUUGGCUAUGAGUUCAUGGACGUGGCUCAAGGGGCACCAACUGCGAAUUUGAAGCGCGGGCAUAUCAAAAGCGAAGGCCACGGCUGGACAUCGCUACUUCAAUCUUUGCCAUGUCUCUUCUGUUCGAAUCUUGGCGACGCAAUUGUCGCUAAAAUGGCAACAAAUCCGAAUUCGGAAUGUUGCCGAUUAAUAACCGGGCGUGACUACCUGGCUGCUUCAUUACACAGUAUCAAUGAUAUCUCCACGCGCAAAGGUCGGGGCAGAAUAGAUGGGAAUAUAAGUUUCCCUGGAGACGCUUCCUGGAGGCCCACAACAGUCUUACAGGGCUGCGACCACACUGAUGGGGUCGGCAACUGUUGGGUGGAACCAACCUUCCUGCAGCAGAUUCGGAAAAAAACAGCCUACUAA